UCCCCGCGGGCUGCCGUAGGCAAGGAGGCCGCUGAUUGGGUGAGACAGGAAAGCGCGCUGCCGGGGGCGGUUUCGGUUUUCGCCGCGCGCGUCCGCGGAGGCCCGGCCUGUGAGGGCUCCGGAUCCGGCUGCGAGGGUUGUUAACAAUGAGUCUGCGGAAACAAACCCCUAGUGACUUCUUAAAGCAGAUCAUCGGACGGCCAGUUGUGGUGAAACUCAACUCUGGAGUGGAUUAUCGAGGGGUCUUGGCCUGCCUGGAUGGCUACAUGAAUAUAGCACUGGAACAGACAGAAGAGUAUGUAAAUGGACAGCUGAAGAAUAAGUAUGGCGAUGCGUUCAUCCGAGGAAACAAUGUGCUGUAUAUAAGUACACAGAAGAGACGGAUGUGAAGACGCCAGGAGCAGCUCUCAGAGCCGGA